AUGACGGGGGCUAAAAUCCUGGCCAUCUGCCAGUCCGGCGGAGAAUUCAUCACAAAGGGGGAUGGCGCCCUCUCCUACGUCGGCGGGGAAGCUCAUGCAGUGGAGAUUGACCGCGAAAUGGCCCUCCGUGAUCUGCUCCUGGAGUUCUGCAACAUGUUCAACUGGGAGUCCGACCCCAAUGCCGUCACUGUCAAGUAUUUCCUUCCGGGCAACAGGCGCACCCUCAUCACCGUCUCCAACGACAAAGACCUGCAGCGGAUGGUGGAUUUCAACGUGGGCUCGGUCACAACAGACGUCUACGUCUCGAGGAAGGCCGAGAGCAGGUGCUCAAUCAUCCAAAACCCUAAUUCUCCGUGCGGAGGGAAGGAAAGAAGGAUUCAUUCCCCUGGACAUGGGUUCAUAAAUUGUCGUAACUUCCUUUCAGGGCAAUCGUCCCCAACACUGCCUUCGCCGAUUUGCUUGAUCUAGCAGCCUCAGACGGCACUCCCCCGGGCAGGGAAUUGAAGAGGCAGAAGAUCUCCGACGCCUGGGAUAAUAUGAUCACCGGCGUUGGGCAGGUGUUCGACGACGUCAAGGACUUCCGCGAUGCUCUGCACAAGUACGCCAUUUCCAAGGGCUUCACGUACAAGUUCGUCAAGAGCGACGGCAUCCGCGCGACGGCCGAGUGCACGGCGGCGAACUGUACGUGGCGGAUUCACGCUUCAAAGUCGUCGGCGAAGCAGAAGUUCGUCGUCAGGAAGCUGAACGACACCCACACCUGCGAUGGGGAGAUCGGCAAGCGAGGACGGCGGCUGGCCAACCAGCGGUGGGUGACCGGCGUCAUCAAGGAGAAGAUGCGGGAUUCUCCGGAUUACUCGCCGAGGGAGAUCGUGAACGAUUUCCGGAGAGAUUACGGGAUCAACAUGAAUUACUACCAGGCAUGGCGGGUGAGGUCCUUUGCGAAGAAGGAGCUGAACAACUCGGACAGGGAGGAAUCGGGGCAUCUGCUCUGGUUCUGCCAGAGAAUCAUGGAGACCAACCGGGGGAGCAUGGCGACGCUGGAGAUGGCGGAGGACUCCACAUUUCAGCACCUCUUCGUCUGCUUCCACGCUUCGCUGCAUGGCUUCGAGCACGGUUGCAGGCCGCUCCUCUUUCUGGACGGCGUCUCCCUCAAAGUCAGCCGGCAGUGGAAGCUCCUGGUGGCGACUGCGUUCGACGGGGAGAACGACAUCUUCCCCGUCGCCUUCGCCGUCGUGGAGGACGAGAGCGUUGACAACUGGCGGUGGUUCCUCGGGCAGCUGAAAUCCGUGUUUGCCAUGUCCAGCGCGGCGUUGACUUUUGUGUCGAACGGGCAGUUCGGCUUGGACAAGGCGGUGUCAGAAGUGUUUGAAGACAGCACCCACGGGCGUUGCCUCUCCCAUCUCAUCGAGGACUUCAAGGCGGAGCUGGAGGAAUCCAUGGCGGAGGAAGCGAGGACCGAGAUGGCGGAGCAUCUCAGAGCGGCGGCGUACGCCUACAGAGAAGCGGAGUUCCGAUCCGCCGUCGAGAACAUCAGGAAGAUCUCCGGCGACGCCGCUGAUUGGGUCCUCGACAGCAAGCCGGAGCUUUGGUCGAACGCCUUCUUCAAGGGACUGCGCUACGACACUAUGUCCUCCAACGCCGCCGAGGCCUUCAACACCUGGAUCACCAAGGCCGCGAGGAAGGAGCCGACGGUGGUGCAGAUCGUCGACCUGGUGAGGUGCAAGCUCAUGGACACCAUAUACACGCGCAGGGAGUCGGCGAACUCCUGGACCGAGAUCCUCACCCCGUCGAUGAACCAGAAGCUGCAGCAGGAGUCCGUCGGCGCCGCCGCCCUCGAGGUGAUCUGCUCCGCCGGCAGCGUCUUUGAGGUGAACAACGCCGGCGGCGGAGGAGGGGAGACGCACACGGUGAACCUGGUCUCGUGGGAGUGCUCGUGCAGGAAAUGGCAGGUCACCGGUCUGCCGUGCGUGCACGCUUUGGUGGUGAUCGAGCGCACCGGUGGCUGCGUUUACGACUACUGCUCCAAGUUCUUCAAGACGGAGUGCCACCGGCUGAUCUAUUCUCUAUCGAUCAACCCCAUCCCGGAUGUGUACAGGAACUCCGCGGCCCUCGGCCUGGUUCCCUUCUCCCCUCGCAGCGGGAGGCUUCCUGGCCGGCCGAAGGUGAAGCCCGCCGAGUUGCAGAAGAUAAACAAGCGGCUCAUCCGGUGCAGCAGGUGCCAGGAGUUCGGCCACAACCGGGUCACUUGCAAGGCCCCCGUGUAG